CACCUACACCAGCAGAACCAGCUUGCUGGUGGCUGUCGCUGCUGCGCCUCCUCAUCCUCCCGCGUCACCGCUACCGCCAUGCCCGGAGGUCUCCUUCUCGGGGACGAGGCUCCCAACUUCGAGGCCAAUACUACCGUGGGCCGCAUCCGUUUCCACGACUAUCUGGGAGACUCAUGGGGCAUUCUCUUCUCCCACCCUCGGGACUUUACCCCAGUGUGUACCACGGAGCUUGGCAGAGCAGCAAAGCUGGCACCAGAAUUUGCCAAGAGGAACGUGAAGAUGAUUGCCCUUUCAAUAGACAGUGUGGAAGACCAUCUUGCUUGGAGCAAGGAUAUCAAUGCUUACAAUGGUAAUGAGCCCACGGAAAAGUUACCUUUUCCUAUCAUUGAUGACAAGAAUCGGGACCUUGCCAUCCAGUUGGGCAUGCUGGACCCAGCAGAGAAGGACGAAAAGGGCAUGCCUGUGACAGCUCGUGUGGUAUUUAUUUUUGGUCCUGAUAAGAAACUGAAACUGUCCAUCCUUUACCCAGCUACCACUGGCAGGAACUUUGAUGAGAUUCUCAGAGUUAUUAUCUCUCUCCAGCUGACAGCAGAAAAGAGGGUUGCCACCCCAGUGGACUGGAAGAAUGGAGACAGCGUGAUGGUCCUUCCAACCAUCCCUGAAGAGGAAGCCAAAAAACUUUUCCCUAAAGGAGUCUUCACCAAAGAGCUCCCAUCUGGCAAGAAAUACCUCCGCUACACCCCCCAGCCCUAGGCUCUCCGAGGAGCUGGUGCUGGAGCUGCUCGCUUAUUAGCACAGUGAGCCGGAGGAUGCCAGCCGUCCGUCCAUCAUGUUUUCCUACAGCAGUUCCCUAGAAACAUCCUGGUGUGAUCGCAGCCAAGGUCUUUAGGUUGCUAUACUACUGGCUCAUUAAAUGAAAACAGCACUAAAAAUUCUUUGGGAUUCUCUGCUCGGUGCCCUCAGCAGCAUUCUGUUCUGUUCUAGAUCUUAGUACUCUCUACUGACUGUCUUUGAAAUUUGUGACUCAUCUUGUUGGACCUCUGCAGGGUUUCUGACCAACAAAGGCGGGGUCAGUUUAUGGUUGAAAAAGCCUGCUUUGCUCUAUCAUAGAAUGACCGUCAGGUUUUUUUUUUUUCCUACUGUUCUCAUCAAAUCCUCUCUUCUGUUACCCAUUUCAGGGAAGCAAUAGAACUUGCGGUUCAACGUCCUCUGUACCCAAGUUUAUAACCUGAGAACUUAGAGGAACUUGGAUGUUCUUCAGUUUUCUGUGUUUUGAUCACACCUGGGGGAAAAAUCCUUUUUCAGUUCUGUACUUUUCCAGUAGAUAACUGAAGUGGGAUGAGCACGGGAGAGAGGGAUAUUUAAAUAUUUUUCUAUCAGGAAAAUUUUUCAAUAAAUUUCUAUCGAAAGUGGGAGGCUACAGAAAAGGCUGUACUUGCCUGCCAGGGAGGUGAACCAGAAGUCCUGAGCAACACGACAGUGCCAGGUGCCUUUCAGAGUAUGUCCGGGUGUCAGUCCACUGUCUGAUGCCACGCACGUGAAAGGGCACACCUUGGGAAGAGAAGAGAGGACAACUGAAAAUGUUUUGUCUUGGAUCUAUUCUUCCAUUGAAUUCAUAAAUUCAAAAUCAAGUUUCUGAAUUUUGCUUUUUUAGGGAUCAGCAAAUAAAUCCAUUGUUAAAACUAGA